AACAACAACCGCUUAACUAAAAUUCCAAGGAAAAAUAUAUAUGUAAAUGUUAAAAAAAGCAAACUAUUUGUGAUUUUUCUUGAAACCGGAUCUAAAUUCAAUGCAUGCUUUGAUGCAGCUUAUUUAGUGCAACGUUUGUUGUUGUGGUUUCUUACUCUUCAAACACUCCAAUUGCAAAAUUUUGCAUAUAUUUCCCACAAUCCUUACUCUCACCGUCACUGCUCUAUUGUUAUUGCUGUUGCCGUUGGUGUUGGUGUUGGUGUUGUGCUGUUGAUCUUGUUGUUUGCUGUUCGCAAUUGCUCCUCGUGUUGCAUCUGCGAGUAUCUACUGUGAGCUUAAUCUGCUUGGAUUGUACAUAUAGAAAACAGGGCAACAAUUAGUUAGUUACUUAUCUGUUGUAUUCCAGAUCGCUAUUAAAGAUGAGGUUUCAGAAAAUUUGCUUAUUGGCAGCGACACUAUUGCUGAUAAAGAUGACUUUUGGCGAAGAAAUGGAAAUUGGUAAAGGUAGUGAUGAUAUGUCAGAUCAUGAGAAUGAAGUUGAUCAGGUGGCUCUAGAAUCAGAGCAGGAAAAUCAACCGCCCCAGAAAAUGUUGUAUCAGCACAACUUAUCGCAGCCGCCACAAGGCCCAGGGCCCGCUAGAAUCCUAUAUUUUACAGGCAACAAUAAGGGCAUUCCAUUAGCAUUAGGUCAGCCUUUCGGCCCGCCACCACCGCCCUCUCAGUUAAGUUAUCAAGGACCUCCACCACCGUUGCCGCCACAACGUCCAUCUACGUCACAUGUACCGCAAUCUUUGGCUGAUUUAAGUAUCGCUGCCUCUAGUACUAAUGAAAUUUGGGCCUCGCCGAUUCAAGAUAUGGCUAAAAUUAUAUCCUUGGACGUUAAGUGUGAAAAGAAUGGCAUGAAGGUUUUUGUGCAAUUCGAUAAACCCUUCUAUGGCAUUGUAUUUUCCAAAGGCCAUUACAGCAAUAUUAAUUGUGUGCAUUUGCCUUCGGGCUUGGGUCGUACGUCAGCUACUUUUGACAUUGGAUUACAUGAAUGUGGCACGUCUGGAAAUACUGAAAAUGGAUUGUACGGCUACGGUCAUGAUUCGGGUUCUGGCACUUACUUUGAAAAUAUUAUUGUUAUCCAGUACGAUCCACAGGUUCAAGAAGUGUGGGACCAAGCCAGAAAACUGCGGUGCACUUGGCACGAUCAAUACGAGAAGAGUGUUACAUUUCGGCCCUUUCCAGUUGAUAUGCUGGAUGUUGUACGCGCUGAUUUCGCAGGUGAUAAUGUGGGCUGUUGGAUGCAAAUUCAAGUUGGAAAGGGACCGUGGGCUUCUGAAGUAUCCGGUUUAGUAAAGAUUGGUCAAACUAUGACAAUGGUAUUGGCUAUAAAGGACGAUGAUUCUAAGUUUGAUAUGUUAGUGCGCAACUGUGUGGCUCAUGACGGCAAACGAGCCCCUAUUCAACUUGUCGAUCAACGAGGUUGUGUUACGCGACCAAAAUUAAUGUCACGUUUUACUAAAAUCAAAAAUUUCGGAGCAUCAGCUUCAGUGUUAUCUUAUGCCCACUUUCAGGCAUUUAAAUUUCCCGAUUCAAUGGAAGUUCAUUUCCAAUGCACAAUACAGAUAUGCCGCUAUCAAUGCCCGGAUCAAUGUUCUGAUCCAAAUUUACAAGAAGUUCAUCAUCUGCACGUCGGCCCAGAAUCACAAUACGGGCCACCGCCACCUCAAUUACAUGUCGAUGCUUAUCACGUGAGCGCUUCAGCUACUAAACGCCGCGAUGAACGCCGUGCCCAGCGUCGUGCACGUGCAUUGCAUCCCGAACAAGAAGUGGGACUUAAUCGCAUUAUUAAGGUCGUUUCAUCUGGCGAUUUGACAUUCGCUAUCGAUGAAAAUGUCAACAAUACUGUUGCCGCUGCAGCUCAGACUAUAGUUUUUCCAGCUCGAGAUGAUGGUCUUAUAUGUAUGACCACUCCUGGAUUUGCAAUAACGUUAAUUGUAUUAUUGGGCAUACUAAUGACCUCUUGCCUCAUUUCAGCUGUCUUGUAUGUGCGCCUACGACCAUUUUCUACUGUUUCCGAAAAAGAACGUACAAUCGCAUUUACGAAUCCGCAAAUUAGUAGGGCGCUACCAGUAAUAUCAAUUACAUCUCCCCCGGGGCAUAAUACUCUAUCGAAAACACAGACGCACUCAUGAAUCUUGAAUUAAAUUUUAAGUCCCAAAUCACAGCAACAAGGCUUAUGAAACAA